UUCAUCAUGAGCUCCCUCACAGCGGGAGGAUUCUUCUCAGCUCCGCGCUCAGCUCCGCGCUCAGCACCGCUCCAGGAGGCUGGAACUCAUGCUCGGAUUACUGCUCACAAUCGGGUUAAAGUUGUUUAAAGUGUUUGUGCGGGAGAAAUAAAUCUCAACCUGCGCUAUGUCACUGCUCUGCGUCCGAGUGAAAAAGGCCAAACUCUAUGGAGCUCCAGAUAAGUUUAAUGUCUACGUGACUCUGAAGGUUCAGAAUGUCAAGAGCACGACCAUCACAGUGCGUGGAGACCAACCAUGCUGGGAACAGGACUUCAUGUUUGAGAUUAACCGUUUGGACCUGGGGUUGGUGGUGGAGCUCUGGAACAAAGGUCUGAUCUGGGACACUAUGGUGGGAACUGCCUGGAUCCCCCUAAACACCAUCCGCCAAUCAGAACAGAGAACACAACAGAGUCUUUGCAGUACAAUAAAUGAGCGAGACGAUGAUGAUGAAGAGCGAGACUCCUCGUCUAGACGUGAGAGACCCCGCUUUACCGAGGGUCCGGGUGAGUGGAUCUCAUUGGACUCAGAGGUCCUGAUGAAGGAGGAUGAGAUCUACGGCACCAAGAACCCGACUCCUCACCUGGUUCUGCUGGACACACGCUUCGAACUUCCUUUUGACAUUCCGGAGGAGGAAGCUCAGUACUGGACCAAGAAGCUGGAGCACAUCAACACCAUGAGGAUCCACGAGGAGGAUGAAGAGGGAGGUAUCCCCUCCGUCCCCUCACAAUGCUGCAGCUGGUCUUACUUUGGAUGGAGUGAGCAGCAGACUCUAGAUGAUCACGAUAGUGCGGUGGAUGACAGAGACAGCGACUACCGCAGCGAGACCAACAGUCGUCCCCCACGGUACCACACCACGGCCCAGCCCAACUCCUCUGCCCACCAGUACCCCAUCAGCAGGAGGACACGCCCACAAACCACGUCCAGAGAGUCAGGAACCGAGUCCAUCCACAACUCUGAGCUCGACUACAGAGAUGGACAAGGGCCAAGACGUCGGAACAGUAGAGCUGGGGGAAGGAUUGUGCCUGUAGAUUCAGGUAUGGGUGUUGAGGACUGGGAGACUAAAUACAAACUGGACGAGAGCAUCUUAGACGACUAUCUGGACCCCGAGCAGAAAACAUGGGACGAUGAUGAUGAUGAUGAGACGAAGACUGAGAUCUAUCGCAUCGUGAGCCAUCCCGGAUUAGACUGUACUAAAAGCCGUUUUAAUCAGACUGUAGCAUGUGAGGUGAUGUCUCCAGAGCCUGAUGAAGCCGGAAACUCUAUAAAGACACAUGGUGUGGCAAGUGGAGAUGUUUGUCUGGUCUACAAGGAAGCGGAAAGCUUCCUGAAUGAUGAAACAUCUGCUCCAGAGAUGUCCAUCAUUCCUUCAGUUCGGAAGCUUCAUGAACAGGAGGCAGAGUCAGAGACAUAUACGGAGAGUCUGUUGUACAAGACCAGGAUGUGGGCAAAAACUCACAUCAAGGACAUUUUGGAGAACUACGCAAUUUAUCGUGAAAGGGAGGAAGCCAGGAUGAGGAUGAUGAGUGAGUAUGAGUCAGUAGGAUUAGCAGAAGUUCACUUUCCUGUGAGAUCUGAGGAGGAUUUGGAUGCUGAAGCAUUUGUUGGGAAGGACACACAAGGCGAAUACAAAAGCUACAACAAGAGGAAAUAUAUUUCUCCUUAUGGUGAACGGCCGCAUGGUGGAAAUGUUCAUACCAGAGUUUAUGAUGAUGGUUCACCACCUAGUGGACCAGGAGAUGAUUACAUUGAUACCAUGAAUGAACUGCAGAAGAUUGUGGAUACUGUAACAGAAUACCUGGCAGGACGAGAGGAGGAGAUCAGUAAGUACGAGGAAAUCCAGAAGUCUGACAACAAAUCAAAGCUAAUAGACAAGAAAAAGGAAACACAUAUCAGACCAGAUGAGGUAAAGGAAGAAGAUGAACAGGGUAUCACAGGGGUUAAAAAUGCUAUGAACUCCUUGUUUAGCUCGCUUGUAGGUACCAAGUCGACAAGUGAAACCACAGAUACCACUGCAACAACAGCAGCAACAACACCGCCGACAUGCUCUCCUUUAUCUGUUCAGGCAGAGUCAGGCUUUUCUAAACUGCUGUCCUUCAUACCUAAAUCACAUGGCAGCACAACACCUAUCGCUGUUGUUCCACCUGCUCAUCACGAGCUGAGUGCAGAUAAAAAAUCCCCCCUGCAACCAAAUCUGCCCCCUCAGUCAUCAGAGACUUGCUGUCCAGCUAGUGAAGCUACAGAAGAUGCAUCGCACAGUCCUGGUCCACAGGGUUUCACUACAGGCCCCCCACAGUCAGUAGUUGAUUCUGUCUUGGGAAGACUGAGUCCCUUCAGGAUAUUUGGAGACAAACCAGCAAGUGAAGCAACAUCAUCACCAGAAACCCUGAAUAAAUCUCAUGGAAGCACUGAGGCAAAAGACGGGUCAACAAAUAUACCUCAAUCCUUCUCCCAACCAGAACAGCAGUCCUCAUGUGGAGGUUCAUGCAGCGGAUCAGUGGAACUGAUGCCAGAAACCGAGUCGUCAGAAGAAAUACCUGAUGCCCUUCCUCAAGAGACGACUCCUAAAUUAGAAGAAAGUACAACUACUCAAAAAACAGAUGAGGACACUGGAUUUUUCAACCCUUUCAAAAAGUCCAUCACAUCUUUGAUGACAUCAGUUUCAACCCCUGCGAGUAAAACUGCUGAGGGUCCAUCUGCCAACUCAGUGUUUUCCAUGUUUAAACCUGCCGAAGCCCCGAAACCAGAAGAUGCACCAGUCACUAUUGGAGACAAAAUAAAGCUUUCCUUCUUCUCUUCUGAUAGUCCUGCCUCUCCUCAGUCAGCAAAAACAGAGAGUGAACUUCUCUCUGGGUUGCUGAAGUUGGGACCUGGUGAAGAUGCAAAAACCUUGAAACAAAGUGCUUCCCACACUUCUAAUAAAUCAUCUCUUCUAAGCCGCGCCGCCCUGCUGGAGACUGUACCGAAGGGAAAUACAGACACAGGGUGGUUUUCUAAUCUUUUCAAAACGACACCUGCUGAAACGUCCAAACCACAAACAGUAUCAACAAAACCAACAGUCGCAAUAAACAAACCCACUGUAGUAGUGGCACCUGAAGCAGUCCAAGAUUCCAGCACAGUGUCUAAGGUCAUGGCACAGGAAGAGCAAAUAGUGCAGGAAUCAGAACCUGAAAUCAUCUCUUUUCCUGAAACUGAGGAUCAUAGACGACAUGUAAUUAAAGCCGAGACUCUUUCAGAACCUUCAGAGCUUCAGGAGCAAGCGCAGCCUGAAGAAGAAACAGCGUCUAAACCCCAGGGUCUACUUACAAUGCUGUCUGGUGGGAGCAAAACUUCUGCUAAGCCUCAAGAAGUUGGACUUCUCUCAACACUGUUUUCAUCCCUCACCAGUAAUACAAAUGAGAGUCAGACGCAACAAGGUGCCUACAUACAUCAGUCACCAGGGCUAUUUUCUGGCCUUUUAAAAAUGACUCCCACAGAAAUUGCUGGCACGAGUAACAAACCAGCUGGAGCUCCACAGUGGCCUGUCAAUUCCGAAAGUCAGCUCGACUCUACCUCACCUGUUGAUGUUCAAAAGCAAUCACAGGAACAAAGAGCAGCAGUGCAGAAAGGGUUCCUGGCGGGGUUUUUCAGGAAACAGUCAGAAGAAGACAGUGUAUGUAAAGUAAAUGAGACAACUGCUGCUCAUGUCAAUGAUAAAAAUAAUUCUAGCGUUGGGAAAAAUUUGCGUUCUGGAAAAUCAGAAGGCAAUGAAACCAGUAAGACAUCAAUGAGUAAGGACUGUGCGUCUACUGACGCAACCUCAGUGCCACAAAGCGGUGGGAUUUUAUCAGGGCUUUUCAAAUUAGCCAGUGACACUGUGUCAAGUUCCUCGCCCACUCCUGCUCGACAGAACAAUCCACCUUUAUUAAAGCCAGUGGCCACUGACAUGUCACACCGGUCACUAACUCAAACAGAUCCACCUUCAUCACAGCCAGGAGGUCUCUUAUCAGGACUUUUUCAAUUAGCAAGUCCUGGAAAAGUUAGUGCCACUGGAAAUGUGGUUGCAGAUCAGAAUUCAGAACAGAACUUUGGUGGUCAACAUCCAAAUCACAAACAACCAAAUUGUCAGAGUAAUGCACCACCAGUUCCACCUCAAUCAAGAGGACUGUUUGAUGGAAUUCUAAAAUUAACAGAGAAUGUACUUUCAAGCACACACCAGCCAAGUGGCACAAGCAGUCCUUCUGAUCAACAGCCAGCAGAACCUCCUGCACCAGGAGGAACGCUGCCAGGAUUUGUGAAUAAAAUACCUGUAGCUGAAAGUACUCCUCAGAAGCCACAUCUCCCAUCUCCCAGUCAAAACCCUAAAUCAUCACCUGCUUCUGCUGAACAAGGAAGCUUUCUUCCUGGUUUAUUUGGGAUUAGUUCUUCAGAAUGCAAUACUGGAAACCAGGGAUCCACCAAGAAUGUUCAAACACAACACUUUCAUAAGCAAAAUGUGCUUCAACAUCAGGAUGCACAGCCCAACAGAUCAACUGGGAUUUUCUCAGGACUGUUCAAUCAGAUUGGUGACACAAGUUCUCAGUCUGCUCAGUCGGACUCAAAUAAAAAUGCAGCCCAACAAUCAUCUUCUGGUCUUUUAUCUGGACUUUUUGCCACUAACAAGCCACCGGCACCACAGCAGAAAACUCCUUCAGGAGCACAUGUGAAUCAGCAGGAGCAGGUCAUCAGGCAGCCCUUUCCUAGGCAGCAUCAAUCCCCUCUACAGCCAGCUGCAGCACCUGAGCCACAACAUGGGGGUUUGCUUUCUGGUCUUUUUAACAAACUGACUUCCGUUGACACACCGCCUCAACGUUCUGUGGCUGAAGAUUCCCACAGUCAACAUGCAUGUAGGUCAGAACAUCUAGAGCAAGACCACCAGUCUCCUGCACCAAGUAGAGGUCUAACUGACAUUUUCAAAACAAGAACCGUAAAUACAGCUUCUGAAAGGUUUUCUUCUGAGCAGCAAAACUCCUCAACUGGACUACAUCAUCCAUCCAGUAGGCAGCUUCCGCAAGCUCUAAAGGCAUCAGCAGGAGCAGCAGCAGCACAGCAGCAAAGCCAACCUGCAGGAAGUUUGUCUAGUAUUUUCCGGAAGUCUGAAUCGGAACAGGUGCAGGUUGAACCAAAUACCCAGACACCCAGCAAGUUAGAAACACAAGCCAACAAUGCUCAAGACAGUGGAAUUUUGUCUGGACUUUUCAACAAAAUCUCUGCAAAGUCUGAUGAUAAGUCAGAUAUCUACAUAUAUUCAGGUCAGAAGCCACAGCAACAUGAACAGAGUAAACCUGCUCAGAAUCGUCCACAUAUUCAAAGAGCCAAACCAAUUGAGCAGGAGUCCACUCAGGAUGGGAGUCUUGAUCAGGAACAGAAAUCAUUGCAGAAAGGUUUUCUGACGGGGUUGUUCAGUAAGGGGUCGGAGGACAACGACGUAUCUAAAUUACAUCAACCAGAGGCUUGUUUAAUUGCUGGAAACUGUGCAGCUUCUGGAGUUUGUAAAUCAGAGACCAGUGAAAAUCACAAGUCAACUAUAACUAAGGAAUCAGAAAAUCAACACCAUAAACAAGCAGACGGUCCCAGCGUUAGCAUUUCAAAAACUAGCACUCAGACUGAGGAACCGGUAAGACUGCAUCCAGCAGUGAAGUCUACUCAGCUGUACCUGGAGGAAAUCCACAGACUGUUAUACGGGACAGCAAAUGAAUACGGAUAUCAAGAUCUUUUAUAUUUAUUUGCUGAACAUGGAAUCGUUCCACCAGACCUGUAUGAACACCAGUGUCUUAUAGAAGCACUUCUUUGGCAGCAGCUGAAUGAUUAUGCCUUAUUGGAAGCUCUGGAAGCACAAGAACAAGAGAAUCAUGCAGGACUUCAAGAAAGUGCAUCAUCAAACAGCCGUGGAACAGUUAUGCUGGAGCCUGGGUGGUGGAACCUGAAAAAUAUAGAUCCCAGGCAAUUCCACAUACCUUCAUAUCCCUGGCAGAAUGUGGUCAGAUCAUCAUUUCAGAAACUUCCUCCGGCUGAUGUGGAGGAUUAUGUUGUUUUUGACAUGAGCCUCAAGCACAGAAUGUCCUGGGGAAGCUGCGAUAAUGUGGAUCAUUUCAGUAAUAAAAUUAACAGAAUCCAUGGUAUUGAUAAAGACUCAGGAACAGCAGUGAGGUUGACACGCUGUAGGUCCCUUUCUGAGUGUAGCCUGCACAAUAACCCUCUUCAAAAUGACCCUCUCAAGCCACAGUUUCAUUCCUCAACACUUUUUAAACGUCCGAGAGCCAAAAAGGGUCCCAUAGAUUUGACGACAGGUGCAGUUAAUCUCAGUGGAUUUUCUGCAACCGCCAGAGAUGAAGAAGAUGAGAUGCUCUUUGAGGAUUCAGAAUGGUACCAGCAAUGGCUUUCACUGUUGGAGCAGGGAAUGUGGUGGCCAGCUGAGGCUGAUGAUUGUGGAUAUUAUAUUUACGCAGAUGAGCACUAUAUAUACUCCUUGCUGACAGACCGGAGUGGAAAUCAUCUCUAUGCUUAUGCUAGCCAGGAUAAUACUGCAGAUAAUAUCUCAGAUAUCCUGCAGAACAAAGAGCAACCAAAGACAACGCUUUGUGGGUUUAAGAUUCCGUUGUGUAACGAAGAGGAAAUGCUUUGGGUUCCAGGUCAUAAUGAAGCAGGUGUUUCCAGCUGUCCUGUUGAUCUGUCAUCAGCCUUUGAAAAAGGUAAUAAAAUUAUGAAUAUGAAUUUUGAACAUUUUUCUGAAAUGUUCCAAGACUCCUUGCAUGGACAGACAGAUCAUGCUGUGGAUUUGAGUUUUUACAGGCUGCACAAAAUAAAAGUAUGUAAAGAUAAGCCAAAAAUGAUUGUUCCAGAAGAUCAAAUGGAAGCAUCAGACCUUACAAACAAAGCCAAGAAGGUAAACAAUGGUGGGCCAUACUGGAAAGAUCAGGGGAUUAAGGAUCUUUUCCCAGGGAAGUUGGUUACAGGUAUGUCAGCUAAUAUAUCUUCUCAAGUCUCAUCAGUAAAUACUUCUUUUAAAAAUGUUUUAUUUAAUAGCUUUGGGUCAAAACCAAAAGGUGCUGAAACUUCUCAAAUGGUAUCAAAGGGCCACUUGUCAGAUCCUAAAAUUGUCCUGCAGAAUCUGCAUGCUAGAAGAAAACUUCCAGAUACUCCAGUAUCAUCUAAAGCACUUUUAACCACACCAAGGAAUAUAGUGACUGAGAUCUCAGACGUUACAACCACUUCCUCCCAGGUCACAGCCUCAAGUUUACAGUGUUCUUCUGGUUCCUCACCAUCCCCUGGGUGUAGUAGGCCAAAAUUUCUAAGACAAUCAUCAAUUUCAACACAAACUUUGAAGACAUCUAGAACUGAAGGCAUCCAGAGUUUAUCAUCUCCCGUUUCACCUCAGAUACCAAAAGUUGCACCAUGUAAUGAAAAGCGAUCUUUACCAUCUUUACCAUCCUUACCAUCCAUACCAUCCUUGCCACCGCCACAAAAUCUACUUUAUAAAAGACCUACACAAGCAUUAGACUCUGUUUUCAGGAAUAAACCUUUAGACUUUUCUAAAUCAGUAGGGAACAAUUUGAAUUGUUCACUCCUGAAACAAGAUGUGUCCAGUGAUGAUGCCAUAUUAAAGGAUGUUCUUGAUUUUACCAACCACAGGUUUAAGAAAUUUAGAAGGAAAUGUGAAGCAGAUACGAGUGAGGAUGUCGGAAUUGAUCUGACUGUUGAGAUUACAGAAGAUAGUAACGAAAUGAAUAUGACAUUUCCAGCACUAGAACUUACCAUACCUUACUCGGUUACACCUGAAGUACCUCGGACAACUGUUUCUGCUCCUCCUUCUCCAAAACUUUACCCAUCUAAUUCAGGACCACCAAGCCUUAAUUAUGCGUCUGAGAAACACCUGUCUGCAUCACCUGGUAGAGGAUCCAAGCUUUUCAGGCAGGUCUCAGUACAAUGUUCUACGGAGAGCACAUCAGCUGGAAUCCAUGGAAGAGAAAAUAUCAAUACAUCUGAACAUUUUCUUUGCUACAAAGCAGAAAGUGGAAAAGACCAGAAAGCAUCAAUUGUAACCACAUUUCUAGGAACUUCAACAUCACAGACUUCCAGCCCCAAAAUAAAGAAAUGCUCCACAAUAAAUGCAGGAUCACAUUGCACUCAACAAAUACAUCCGCCCUCUUUACUAACUGAAUCCAUGAAUAUAAUGCCACUACCUUCUCAGCCUCCUUGUACCAGCACAUCCCCUGCAAACUUAAUCAGAAAUACCUUAGACAUGUCUUCAGCAGCAGUGUUUAGUUCUUUAGACAGGUCAGAUCUUAAAUCCCAGGUUGUGCCACUCGUAAGGAGCAGAUGUGCCUCGGUUGCAGAUUUUAACAAUGGUUCCUUCGGGGUUGCUUUGAUUAAAGAUCCUUCUAGGGUACAAGCAAAACAGAUUCAUUUAGAACAAGAAACUCUGAUCAGGAAAUUUCCUCCACUAAUAUCUAACACAACAGUGAGCUUUGAUCUGUGCAGACAGCAACCUGCUUACAACAGGAACAGAGAUCUUUCAGCACAUUGUUCUCAGUCAUGUCAGAGUGGAUCAGCUCCAGCAAAUUCCAUUAAAAACACCUUAGAUAUGUGUUUAAAACCAGCUGAGGGAACAGCGCUCUCUCCAGAUCAAGCAGUUUCACUUGUGAGGAGAAGAUCAAGGUCAAAUUCAGAUGUAAAUCAAGAGUUUGGUGGGAUAUCUAUGGUUGUUGGAGCUUUAACAACCAAACAAAAACUACCACUUAGAAGAUAUCAGUCACAAGCUACAAUCACCAGGCCUACACAACAACUAGUGAACACGGCGCCACAAAUCCAACACAAAUCUGUUACUCAACAGCAAACUACUCUUUACAGCCAGGACCAUUCAGCACAUGAAGUGAAGAAAUUUCUCAGGAAAUAUGAGUCUGAAGAAACAACCAGCCUGAAGUCUGAAGAAAUCAAAAGACCUUCUGCACUGCCUUUUAAAGCGUCUCUGGACACGUCCCUAAAACCUCCUGGCAGCACAUCAUCCUCUGAGGUCGUGCCUUUGCUGAAUAAUAAACCCUUGUUGCUGAUGGCAGAACCUGCUCCUGGUUCAGCUUCACUGUUAGAUAGUUCCUCUAUGGGUUUAGCUCAAACCAAACAUUCUGGUAUGUUCAAACAGGUAACAACAAUCUCCAACACUGAUGUUCAAGCAUUUGCUGGUGUAUCGUCAAUUGUAAGCUCUUCAGAAGAACCUGAUAAAAAAUCUGAUAACUUUUUAACAGAGUUAAAUAGGAACCAAUGGCAGAAGCAAGUUUUGGUUGAUCAAACAUUACCAAGGACACGUUCUAUAGUGUUCAGAACUCGCAGUGAACAACUAAAUAAUAUUCCAUCAGCACCAGCGAACUCAGUCAGAAGCACUCUUGAUAUGUCUCUAAAGACGGCAAUUAAGGAACCCGACAAAGCAGAAAGAAGUAUUCUUGAAAUGUCACCUGGCAAAGUAAUGCCUCUUGUUCAGACGAAAAAUGUGAAUAGUAAAAAAGCCUUAGUUGGCAUGCCCUUAAUUGUUCAAGCUCUUUCAGCUCCUGAACAAGUGUCUGAGAAACAGUUACAUGCUGUGAAAGUACUAUGCGACGGACAUCAUACAGCAGAAAGUCAUUUAUUUCUGCACACAUCCACUUACCAUAGUGACAGACGUUUUUAUCCCUCACUGAAACACAAUAGAGAACCGCAAGCUCAGCGUAAGCCAGUAGACUUCUCGCUUAGCGUUUUACCGUCUCAGUGCAACGCUCCGUCUGUUACGCAGGACGGACAGCUUAUAGAUUUCACCAAGAAGAAAGAGGUCAUAUCCAGGAAUGAACUAAGGCACCAAGAAAGGCUGAGGACCACUAACCAAACAAAUACACCAGUUAUUGACUUGAGAGUUGCCGUCAAUGCAAACCCACAAACCACUGGAAUCAAAGAUCUUUCAGCACCAGCACUUUUCUUCCUCCCCGGUCAAUACACAUUAAAAUCUUUAGCAAUGGAGCAGAAGCUGAGCUCCACAACAGCACGAUACUUUACUCAGUCACAGGAUACACAUCCAGCUGUCCAGCACGAUGCACCUAUAACACCAACACAUCUCAGAAGAACAUCUGAGCACUCGGAAAAUCAUUGGAAUGUAGAGAUGUUACAGAUUGUUCCAGUGUUUUCUGAAGCUUCUCUUUCUCAGGUACAAUUUACAGAUAAGAACAUUUGUCUUAUCUCAGACAGUCCUCCUGUCCUCAGCAUUGUUCCCAGUUCAUUUGAAGCUCUCAGAGUGGAACAGUGUCCUCUGUUCACAUCUCACACUCAGCAGAUUAGGCCUACACAAACUCAAGGAUCAAACACUACACCAACGUAUGUGCCAGAUAUGCCUCAUGUGCUAAACACAAACAAAGUUCCAGACCAUUCCUCAGCAAGUAUCACUGUAUCUGAGCAGGCUGAGCCUUCCCUGAAUGGUGACGCACAAAGGUCUCCAGAUAUCAAACCGUGUGCCACUGAGCAGAAAGCAGGACAAGAUCUGUCUCAAAUUUCUGUAAUGUUUGAAGAAUCCUUAGCUAAAUCUGGCUCAACCUUUACCGGUUCUUCUGCUGCCACAGAAAAGGAACAUCUUGUGGCCUUUAAUACAGUCCCAAGAACAUUGUAUGAACCUGAAACCACUACUGGAUCAAUUAGAGGCUCGAUUUCAACGUUUGAUUGCAAAACCUCAACAGCAGGUGAAGAUACCCUCCCACAAACAUCAGAAGGAACUGGGUUUGUGUGUAGACCUGUGCCAGACCAACAGAGGACCCCAAGUCCCACUCAGACUGUCCUGUCAGAUGUAAUUUCUGUUAAGAGUUUGGUUUCAGAAGAUACUUCACCUACUUCUUCUGGAUUAAUGGGGCAGACCUCAGUGGAAAAUCUUUCUACUGUGCUUUCUACAAGUUUAGCGUGUGCACAGGAGCCUUUAGUAAAUACUUGUGCUGUUAAACCUUUAGCAGGUCCUGGAUAUACUGCUCCAUCUGCUCUACCUGCAGCACCACCUAAACAGGUAGAACAGAUAUCAGAGCCCAGAGUGAUAUUUGAUCCAUUACAUGCUGCAUCAGGAUAUUCUGCCCCACCUCCCAUGGAAUUUUCUCCAAGUUUAGUGCAUACAGAAGAGUCGACAUCAUCUUAUUCUACUGAACCUCUUCCAUCAUCUUUGCCUUCUCCAAACCCAGUGUAUACAAGAGAGCCAUGUAUUUCUGCUGAACCUCUUACAUGCUCAGGAUAUCUACCUGCUCCUGUGGAAACACAAGCUUUAUUACUUCCAAGAACAGAAUCUACAGCAUUACCACCUGUGGAAUUUUCAUUCCCAGUGCUUUACAACGUUUCUCCCACUGCCCCACCUGAUGUUUUUCCAAGCACCAUUCAUUGUACUUCUCACAUCCCAGGAAGUGUUUAUGAUAGACCAAGCUCACAAUUGCAAAGAAAAGAUCAAGUUCAUCAUCAAAGGAACAUAAGCAGGCAUCUCUUCAAGGCACCUGCUAUUAUUAUAACAGACGUAGAGUUGGAGUCUCAGGAACCUUCUUCAGUAAUGCCUGCUCAACCUGAGGUGUCAGAAAAGGAGGCAGACCUAUUGGUGAGCAAAACAAGCGAUGAGCCUUCAUCGACAAUUCCACAUACUUCACCAAACACAAUGUGGACUUCUGCAGAAAUCAUACCAGCUGAUGAUCCUUCUGAACCAUGUUCACAGGAGAGUGUUCACAAUAUAGAACCUGCUUCAGAACAAGACACGAUUGAAGGCAAGAACACAGACAUUUUCUCUCCAAAGCAGUCCACUGCUAGAUUUGAGAUGUUAAUCCUGGAGGAGGUUCCGUGUUUUGAUACAGUUUUACCUACUGAAGUAAAGGAGAGAAUGUUGCGUCCUAAUAGAUUGCGUUCCAGACAGACGCUGAUCCCUCAGAUCACUUUAAAGCAUCUAAAGGAGAAAUGUCCUAGUAAUGAAGACACAGGGCUUCUGUUUAGCGCUGUAGAUGAUGCUUAUGUGAAUGCCACGGAAGCUGGUGAUGUUUCGUACCAACAUGCUGUUUUAUUUGAAAUGAGGGAAGUGUCUCUCCAUGAGGAACAUGAAACUACUCCUUCCGGUGAACUUUCUUCACAAAUUGACAAAGCCCCAGCAGACACAAGCCCAGUAAUCAUUCCAGUAGACUCUAUAGAGGUUCCAAAGCCUAACAAUGUCUCUAGAACCGAUACUUUUUUCACCCCAAACUCUUCACACAUUGAAGAACAAACAUCUGAUUGUUCACUGGUCCAGGAUUGUACAUUACAUGAAACAGCUCUUCUGCCUGAAGACCAGGAGGAAUCCAACUUGAGAAAUUUUGUGUUGGAUAAUGAAAAUAUAGACAUUUUUUCAUUUGAACCUACUUCUCCAAUCACAGACAUAAUAUCUACGCUUGUUAUGUCAUCAGAAGAUGCUGAAGAGAAGUCAGAAUUUGAGAACCAGAAACUCUAUUAUGAGCCUUCAGAAAUAGCAGAGCAAAAUAAGGAGGAAGAUGUUGGAGUUUCUGUUGAAGAUUGUGUUUCUCAUAAUAAGGAAUACAUGACCUCAGAAUCACCAAAAAUGAAAAACAAGAAAGGACCCAGCGAUACACCAGACAUGUCCAAGGAUCCAGAAGGUGUCCAGGCUGAAUUAAACAAAUCAUCAUCUCCUGAAGCUAAAGUUUUAAGUACAGAGACGUUAUCAAUGGAAAGCACAUCAUCACCCACUGUGGUUGCUGAGGAGCAAUCUCCCAAAGUGAUUUUCUCAUUGUUUGGGUCUUCUGGUGCCCCUUUACCGACUCAGAGUGGAUCAUCUAAACUUGGUGGUAUAUUUCCAGGAGCCUCCACCUCCAAAGAAACAACAGGCACAAGUCUGUUCUCAAUGUUUGGUGGUGCGAGUACCCAGCAAACCCAAGCAUCAUCUGCACCCAAAGACGUAGCUGGAAAUAAGUUGUUUUCUAUGUUUAGUGGAUAUAAGGUUCAGGAACCACUUAGUCCAUGUAGACCAUCAGAGCCGGGCCCAAGGAGUCCACCUGUAUUUGAUCCAAGAACACAGGUUAUGGCAGGUCCAGGACAUGAUCAAAGGGGAGGUCAAGGCCCUGGGUCAAGAAGUCCCUCAGGACCUGACCCGAGAUGCUCCUUUACUGUAGAUCUUUCAUCACAAGGACAACAAACCAAGGAAGCACCAGGAAAAGGCCUAUUUUCUAUGUUCAGUGUUUCAUUGCCACAGCAAACAGUUGCUAGUGAAGCUCCACCAAAACCACCUACUUUAGGAACUCCAAUUCUUGGGGGUUUCCUGCCUGGAUCCUUCACACCCAAAGAUAAUAUCGGUUCUGGUUUGUUCUCUGUGUUUAGUGGGAACAGUGGUCAGUCGUUCCUAACACAAACGGUUCCUAAAUGUUUAGAAAAAGAGCAAGCCGGAAAAGGUCUGUUUUCCAGGUUUGGAGGAACAUCAUCAUCUGAGUCAGAAAGUCUGUUUAGGGUUCCUUCUGUAUUCUCUCAUGGUGGUGGUUCAGACAAACAAAAACAGAGUGCAUUUGGUCUUUUGUCCUUCAUGGAUGAUAAAAAAUCAAGUGAACGUAAACUUGAAGAUACAGCCACUACAAAGCUCAAAGAUUUACUCAGGGACACCUCUGUGGAUGGUGAGAUCAAAUCUGUUCAAUCACAUGGAGAACCCAAAAAAAGUGAACAGGAUCUUCUAACUAUCUCUGUUUCUACAGCUAAUGAAAGUUCUGAGAAAGUCAAUACUGAAAGUGAGAUCAAAUCUUCUCAUGCUUUUCUGAAUGCAGAGGAUGGUAAGACUCCUGAAUGUCAAAUAACAGCAACACCUGAAGUUACCCAUGACCAGAAAAAUGAGCCAGGAAUGAAAACUCUGGACCAUUCAACAGAAGAGCUGCAGCUGUCAGUGGAAAAUGAGAACAGUGAUACAUUUGUUCAUGUUUUCCAAAAGCAGGAGGAUGAUGGAAUUCCUGAAGACAAAGCCUUAGUAAUAUUCAAAGCUAUCCAAGAUGAAAUAUAUGAGAAGACAGAAAUGGAAAGUAAAAUUGUAGAACAUCUAGCAGUAGAACAGACUCAAAAACAAGAGUCUUUUGAAUCUGAGAAGUCUCUGGACUCUGAGCAGAACCUUCCUGAGGAACUGCAGUUGGAUAGAGACAAAGAAACUGAUAGACACCUUCACUCUGUAGAAUCAUCAGAAGCUGAGAAAUCUAAGAACUCUUUGGAAUCAGAGAAGCCAAAUGAAACUGUAGAAGCACAGACACCUCAGAACAUACCUAUGGAUAUUAUUACCCAUAAUACAAGUGGUGGAAUUCCAGGAAUGCUGGAGGAAUUACAAGACAAAGAAGUUGUGGAAAAUCAGAUCCGUACUGAAAUUGAUGUAAUUCCUGAGAAGCUACAGGAAUCAUGGAACAGAGAAGGAACAGAAAAAGCGUCUGACUUUACAGAGCAGUGUAAAAAUGAUCCAUGUGAUGACAUGGUUGAGAAGAAACCAGCUCAGGACAAAGAGCAUGAGGAAGCAGAAAAACAAUCAACAAAUCUUGCGGCUAAGGUAAAGGUUUCAGAACUUGAACCACCGUCUGCAGUGAUCAUUCAGACGCAGCCUCAACCUCUGCCAGGGCUGAUCAGAUCUUCUGACAAGCCAAGACAAAGAAUCAUAGAGCCUCCUGGUCUGCUGAGAUCUGAAACACACGACCAUCCAAAACCGAGUAUGGGUUCUGUUCCAAAGCCACCUGAAUCCACUGCAUUUUCUGGGUUUAUGUCUAUGUUCUCUGGACCCAGUUCCUCCAGCAAGACAUCGACUUCCACUUUUUUCACAAAACCCCAGAAUUCAUUCUUCAAAUUACAGCCAGCAGGGUCUACACGCUUUCAGCAAUCACAGAAGACCUCAUUUUUUACCCUGCCCACUGACCUACCUGCUGGUCUCUCCACCGAGUCCCUAACAAGCGAUUUGUUUGGUUUACUAAAAAAGCAGGAAGCUAGACCUGAUCAAAACAAGCCUUCAGCAGAGGACCAGGAUGAAGCAAACAAUCCUAGCAAGCCAAGAGGUUUCACAGGCACUGAGUCAAGCACAGUUAAGGAACCUGAAGCAGGGGCUUCACAGCAGGACAUGAUGAAAGUCUGUGAAACGUCUAAACCUGUUGAAGAGGCAGAGCAUGGCAACAUAGACAUCACGGGCAUGUCUGUUAAACACCAAGAAUCUGAAGAAGAUGUUAUGAAGGAGGAAUCGAGCACAGCAGUAACAUCUCCAAGCCCCACUGACAGAGUGGUCGCUCAGGAGAAAUAUCCAUCUUCACCUACAGCUAAGAGCAUGUUUGACUUCUCUGGUUUAUCACCACCAUCCUUUGGAGGUUUACUGUCAAGUGCUGCUGAGUCAGCAAAACCUUUCAGUUCUCUGUUCGGUUCUUCCGCUGAUACUAAACUUCCUCAGCAACCAUCUGACUCAGGAGGUCUGUUUGCCAGCUUCAAAGGGUUUUCCACUGGACUCUUUCAGGAAGAGAAGUCAGCUCCUCCAAACGAAGAACCCAUGCCUGCUCCAUCCAUGCUUGGGAAGAAACUAGGCUUUCCAUGGCAGAGCACAGCUGCUCCUCAGACACCUUCUAGGGUUGGGGUGGAAAACAAAAGCGAUGAUGAAGAACCGCUUGAAACGUUAUCAGUAAAGUCUGACGUCACAGAGAGCGCAGAUUCCAGCGAUACCGAGGAACCGGAUGAACAGCAAAGUUUUGACUCGAGUCCAGAAAUCGUGCUAGCAGUAUCUCAGGAUAAACCUGGAGAGGAAGAUGAAGCUGGAGCUGAUGUAUCUCUGCAGGAGAAGAACAGAGAUGCUACAGAUCAUGGCAUAGGACAGCUGCUAGAGUGUGCAGUGGAAGAAGAGCAUGGCAGAAGCCCGGAGAACAGUUCUCGGUUCGGCUCCUCUGGUAACUUGAGUCAGACCAGUACCCAGUUCAGCUCUGAACAAGAGGAGAGAAGUGACCCAGAGAACCCCCUCCAAGCCUCUGCCACCCCCCGUCCUCGCCUGUCCUCUGAGGAGAUAGAGAGAGGGGAACGAGAGACACGAACGAGUGCAGAGGAGAAGAGGAACGCUAGUGUCCUUCCCGCUCAGGCAGAGAGUUCUUUGAAUAUCGAUCCUCCUCCCAUCGCCCCGUCCCGCCUCCGCUGGCUGAAGGCCAUCAACAAAGUCCGGGUUCACCUGCACCAGAAACAAAAUAAUGAUGAUGGAGGAUCAAACCAACAACCAUGGACCAGUAAUGGUGGAGGAGGAGGAGGAGGAGGAGGAGGAGCGAUGUUCGGGAUCGACAGCAUGCCUGAUCUGCGCAGGAGGAAGCCGAUCCCUCUGGUUAGCGAAGUGGCGAUGUCCCUGGUGCAGUCCAGAAAAGCUGCCAUCUCGUACUCACUGGCAUCUCGACCCUCACUCAAAGAUGAGGAGCUGAAGAGUCACGUGUAUAAGAAAACUCUCCAGGCUUUGAUCUACCCCAUCUCCUGCACCACGCCGCACAACUUCGAGGUGUGGACGGCCACCACGCCGACCUACUGCUACGAGUGCGAGGGUCUGCUGUGGGGCAUCGCGCGCCAGGGCAUGAGGUGCACCGAGUGUGGGGUCAAGUGCCACGAGAAGUGCCAGGAGCUCCUCAACGCAGACUGUCUACAGAGAGCGGCGGAGAAGAGCAGUAAGACUGGUGCCGAGGACCGAAACCAGCACAUCAUCUCCGCCAUGAAGGACCGCAUGAAGAUCCGCGAGAGGAACAAGCCUGAGAUCUUCGAGGCCAUCCUUACUGUCUUCAACAUCUCCAAACUCAACCAUGCCCAGCAGAUGAAGACCGUCAAACAGGCCGUGCUGGACGGGACGUCCAAGUGGUCAGCCAAGAUCUCCAUCACAGUACUGAGCGCUCAGGGUCUGCAGGCUAAAGACCGCACCGGCUCCAGCGACCCCUACGUCACAGUGCAGGUGGGCAAAACCAAGAAGAGAACCAAGACCAUCUACGGAAACCUGAACCCUGUGUGGGAGGAAACGUUCAACUUCGAGUGUCACAACUCUUCGGAUCGUAUAAAGGUCCGCGUGUGGGAUGAAGAUGAUGAUAUAAAGUCGCGGGUGAAGCAGAGGCUGAAGCGAGAGUCUGAUGAUUUUCUGGGUCAGAGCAUCAUCGAGGUCCGGACGCUGAGCGGAGAGAUGGACGUGUGGUACAACCUCGAGAAGAGAACAGAUAAGUCAGCCGUGUCAGGAGCCCUCCGGUUACAGAUCAGUGUGGAGAUUAAAGGCGAGGAGAAAGUGGCACCGUAUCACCUACAGUACACCUGCCUUCAUGAGAAUAUCUUCCACUACCUGAUGGACAUUGAGGGACAGGGAGUGGUGAAGCUGCCUGCUGCUCGAGGUGAAGAUGCCUGGAAGGUUUAUUUUGAUGAGGUGGAGCAGGAGAUUGUGGACGAGUUUGCCAUCCGCUACGGCAUUGAGUCCAUCUACCAGGCCAUGACACAUUUUGCAUGUCUCUCCUCUAAGUACAUGUGUUCUGGUGUUCCGGCGGUAAUGAGCACUCUGCUGGCAAACAUCAAUGCUUUCUUCGCUCAUCCCACCUCCAGCACCACCGUUUCCGCCCGGGACCGAUUCGCUGCUUCAAACUUUGGGAGAGAACGCUUUAUCAGGCUCCUGGAUCAGUUACACAACUCCCUCCGCAUCGACCUGUCUACCUACCGGAAUAACUUUCCAGCCAGCAGCAAAGCUCGCCUCUCAGAUCUUAAGUCUACUGUGGACCUGCUGACCAGCAUCACAUUCUUCAGAAUGAAGGUGCAGGAGUUGCAGGCCCCCCCGAGGGCUGCUCACGUGGUGAGGGAUUGUGUGAAGGCGUGUCUGAACUCCACCUAUGAGUACAUCUUCAACAACUGCACUGAGCUCUAUAGCAGCCAGUUCCAGACACACACACAACCUAAACGAAAGAAAGAGGAGGAUGAGGAGGUGGGGAAAGGGGAGGAGCUAAAAGAGGAAGAGGCAGGGCCGAGCAUCAUGAACCUGGACUUCUGGCCCAAACUGAUCACACUCAUAGUGUCCAUCAUCGAGGAGGACAGGAACUCAUACACACCGGUUAUAAAUCAGUUUCCUCAGGAGCUGAAUGUAGGGAAACUGAGUGCUGAAGUCAUUUGGACACUUUUUGCCCAAGACAUGAAGUACGCACUAGAAGUCCAUGCUUAUAUCAACCGCAAACACUGGAACUACGCCCCCGCCAUAUUCCACAUCCGCAAGCUGUAUUUCUGCGCAGAACACGAGAAACACAGGCUGUGUAAGAGCGCUGACUACAUGAACCUUCAUUUCAAAGUAAAGUGGCUUUACAACGAGUACGUAAGAGAUCUGCCCUCCUUCUCUAACACAGUGCCCGAGUACCCCACAUGGUUUGUCCAGUUUGUACUGCAGUGGUUGGGUGAGAAUGAGGAUGUGUCCAUGGAUUUUAUGCAUGGUGCUCUGGAGAGGGACAAGAGAGAUGGGUUCCAGCCGACGUCUGAGCAUGCUCUGUUCUCCUGCUCGGUGGUAGACGUCUUUACGCAGCUCAACCAAAGCUUUGACAUCAUUAAGAAGCUAGACGGUCCUGACCCCAGCAUUGUGGCCCAGUACAACCGCCGCUUUGCCAAGACGAUAAGUAAAGUGCUGCUGCAGUACUGCACCUCGCUCUCCAACAGCUUCCCCUCCUAUUGCGACAAGGAGAAGACGCCCUGUGUGUUGAUGAAUAAUGUACAACAGAUGAGGGUGAUGCUUGAGAAGAUGUUUGAGUUCAUGGGAGCCAAACAGGAUGAGGGGGGAGACAAAGAGAAAGAGUUGGAUUCAGAAGCAGCAGAAAUCCUGAACGAUCUUCAGUUGAAACUGAACAGUGUACUGGACAACCUGAGCGCCAUGUUUGCCAAGAGUUUCCAGGCCCGUAUCAAUGUGUGUAUGCGUCAGGUGGGUGAGAUGGUGUAUCAGAUUAAAGGUCCUCUGAACCAGAGCUCCAGGAACAGUGCAGAGUCGGACGCCGUCACAGCACUCAGGCCACUUAUGGAGUUCCUCGACUCACAUCUGAGCAUAUUUGCAGAUGUGUGUGAGAAGACAGUGCUGAAGCGUGUGCUGAAGGAUCUGUGGAGGAACGUUUUGAUCUGCAUGGAAAGAACCAUUGUACUUCCCGAGAGCAACGACAGCAUCGGUGCUCAGCUCCUUACUGCAGCAAAGGAACUCUCCAAACUAAAGGGAGGGGGCGAGGCCAAGUACCUGUCUCCGAGGCAGUGUGUGAUCAUGGAGGCGGCUCUGGACACCAUCAAGCAUUUCUUCCAUGCGGGUGGUGAUGGUCUGAAGAAGUCGUACCUGGAGAAGAGUGAUGAACUGCGCUCUCUGCAGUACGCUCUUUCUCUGUACGCUCAGAGUACUGACGAGCUCAUCCGCACCUUCAUCAUCACCCAGCACUCACAGGUGCACAAUGGCACAAGCAUGAGGAUCACACCUAAAGAGAGCUUACGACCUGAAAGAGCUUCUGGAGUUGAGCAGUUUAUUGGUGAGGCAGUGAUUCAGGUUGACAUGACACCACCUACUGCCAACACUGAGCAGAAGAUCACCAUCAAAGUGAUUGGGGUGAAUGAUAUGAAGUGGCAGACGUCAGGUUUGUUCCGUCCGUUUGUGGAGGUCAGUCUGAUCGGCCCGAUGCUCGCGGAGAAGAAGAGAAAAUUCACCACCAAGUCCAAGAACAACUGCUGGACGGCCAAAUACAACGAGAGCUUUGUGUAUGUUCUGGGUAGAGGUGUGAGUGCAGAGUUCUAUGAGCUGCAGGUGACGGUGAAGGACUACUGUUUUGGGAGAGCAGACCAGGUGGUGGGCGUGGCUGUGAUCCCAUUGGUCCUGGCUGUAGGAGCCGAGAGGCGGAGCUUCGUGUGCUGGUGUCCGCUCGCCCCGAGCAUCACCACCGACCAGACAGGGACCACGACCCUGCGCAUCCUCACCCAGCGCCAUGACGACGAGAUCGCCAAGGAGUUCAUCCGUCUGAAGAGUGAGAGACGACCUACUGAGGAGGGCAGGUAGAGAGAGAGAGAGAGAGAGAGAGAGAGAGAGAGAGAGAGAAAACAAUGAUAGGUAACCACACACACAAACACACACACUCACACACACACACAACACGUGUAUGCUGACAUGCGUGUUUUCGGUCUGAAAUUCACUCAGACUUUUUGCCAAACUCUUGCUACUGACUCUUUGUACACACUUUGGUGGCCUUAAAAAGGGGCGGAGUCACAGUCCCACAUUACUGUCUUCACCAACACCCCCACCACCCAAAAUCACACAAUCCACCAAUAGGACAUGAACGAUUCACCUGAAGAGAUUUAGCAAAGUGGGCGGAGUCUGCAUACCCUGUAAACACAUUGAUUAUUUAAUGGGCUCUCCUCUUCAAUGGUCUAAACAGGCCCUAUCACACACACACACACACACACACACACACACACACACACUGCUAAUACUGCCCCAAAUGUGCUGCCACUGCCAUCUGUUAACUUGCUAUACAGACAGUGGCAGAGUCAUGAUGUACCAGCCAAGUCGUGUUUUAGCCAAUCACAGAGGUGGACUUUAUAUAUUGUGUUAUAAUAAUAAUAAUAAUAAUAAUAAUAAUAAUAAUAAUAAUAGUAAUGCAAAUAAUCAUACUAUUAAUUAAAAAUAUAAUAAUAAUAAUAAUAAUACUAAUACUACUACUACUACUAAUAAUAAUAAUAAAUAAUUUUGUGCCAAACAGUUAAGUUUUGUCUGUUUGAUGUCUGGUGAUGAACACAGGGAGGAAAAUGUUCCUGAGGAAAUAUUCAGCAUGGAGUUACUGUAUAAUUUAUUUCCGUACUGUCAUAAUGUGGAAUAAGAUAUUUAUUUAUUAUUAGAUGAUUAGAGCUGUUAAAUAUUCCUGUAUGAACAUGUGAAUUUUGUAAAUAAAUGAUUUAUGAAGAA